AUCACGCUCCGGGGGGGGGGCGUGGGGGGGCGUGUGUUUGUGGGUUUGUUAGUGUGUGUGGAUUGCAGGACUUUUCCGGAGGUUCGGGAACGGGACCAGGACUCAGCCCCCCUUUUUCCCAAAGGGGCCUCUCUGCAGAACCCCUUCUCCGUCGAUCUGGGCUUUGGUGUCCUGUAACCUUGGUGGGCCUCUGCCCCGCUCAACGGGCUGCUGGCACCGACAGCCUGGACCGGGCCGAAGCGGAGUAAGACGGCCAGCCCAUCCUCGGUCGCGGGUGUGUGUGGGGGGGGAGUAUCACGCAGCCGGGCGAGCGGAGGGCUGAUUAGGGGGGGAGGAGGGAGCCCCACCCAGCCUUUGAGGCGGGGCAGCGGGGCGAGAGGGGAAAGGAGGGGAGGGGGCGUGCCAGGGAGGGGGCGCGGCCCGGAGGCCCCUCCCGCGAGGAGGCCUGGAGGGCUCGCUCUCCGGCUGCAGCCCCCCCCUCCACGCCUGCUGGGGGCGGCGCCGCAGAGGGGGCGGGGUGGGCGCUGCCCGGCCUGGCCGCUCCCCUCUUCCUCCUCCUCCUCCUCCUCCUCUUCCUCCUCCUUCUCCGCCGCCGCUCGGGGCUCCCCCCGCGCCCGUCCCUCUCUGCCUGGUCCGCCCGGAAGUCUGGGGCUGUGCCUGCCUUCUCCCUCCCCCUCCCCGCCAACAUGGCCGCGAAGUCGGAUGGCCGGGCGGCCGCCGCGCCCCGCUGCUCCUCGCCCGCGCCGCUCCUGCGCCGGGAGGGCUCCGAGGCCGGCAGCCUGCCGCGGGGGGCGCGACGGGGCCCGGGCAGCCCCGCCGCCGCCUCUUUCUGCUCCUCCGCCCCGCCGGCCUUCCAUCCUCCUCCUCUUCCUCCUCCUCCUCCUCCUCUUCCACCCAGCGCGCUGCCCGUCCCGGUGCCCGGGCCGAGGGGCCGCGCCUACAGCCUGCGGGACUGCUGCUGGGUGCUGGGCGCGCUGCUGGUCUUCUUCUCGGACGGCGCCAGCGACCUGUGGCUGGCCGCCGACUACUACAUGCAGGGCUGCUACUGGUGGUUCGGGCUGACGCUGCUCUUCGUCCUGCUCCCCUCGCUGGUGGUGCAGCUGCUCAGCUUCAGGUGGUUCGUAUACGACUUCGCCGCCGCGCCCGCCGCCGCCUUCAGCACCAGGGACAGCGGCGCCGCCUUCAGCACCAGGGACAGCGGCGGCGCCUUCAGCACCAAGGACAGCGGCGGCGGCGCCGCGCCCCGCCUGGGCUGUUGCCGCCUUUGCGUCUGGAUCCUGCAGGCCCUCAUUCACCUGCUCCAGCUCGGCCAGGUCUGGAGGUACCUGAGGACCCUCUACCUGGGUCUCCAGAGCCGGUGGCAGUCCGAGCAUCGCGAGCGCCAUUUCUACUGGAGGAUGAUGUUCGAGUGCGCCGACGUCAGCAUGUUGCGCCUUCUGGAGACCUUCCUCAAGAGCGGCCCCCAGCUGGUGCUGCAGCUGAGCAUCAUGCUGCAACAGAACCGGAUUGACCCGCUGCAGGGUCUCUCAGCCUCUGCCUCGCUGGUGUCUCUCGCCUGGACUCUGGCCUCCUACCAAAAGGUGCUCCGGGAUUCCCGGGAAGACAAGAUGCCCAUGUCCUACAAAGGUGCCAUGGUCCAGAUCCUGUGGCACCUCUUCACCAUUGCCGCCCGAGCCAUCGCCUUCGCCGUUUUCGCCUCUGUCUUUCAGCUCUACUUCAGCAUCUUCAUCGUCACCCACUGGUGCAUCAUGACCUUCUGGAUCAUCCAAGGCGAGACGGAUUUCUGCAUGUCCAAGUGGGAGGAGAUCAUCUACAACAUGGUGGUGGGCAUCAUCUACAUCUUCUGCUGGUUCAACGUCAAGGAAGGCCGCAGCCGUUGCCGCAUGUCCAUCUACUACAUCAUCACCCUGUUGGAGAACGCCGCGCUGACGGGCCUCUGGUAUUGGUUCCGCGAACAGAACGUGGUCUCUGAGUUCUACGCCUUGAUCGUCGUGUGCGUGGUAGCCUCCAGCUUUGCUUUGGGAGUUUUCUUCAUGUUCAUCUACUAUUGCCUCUUGCACCCCAGUGGGACCAUUUUCGGGGCCCAGAACACUGGCUGUCUCUGUGGGGAAGAGCCCACCACCGUACCCCGGGCUACGGGGCCUCCGCCAGACGUGAUCACCAGUCCUCCACGCUCCUUGCCGAGGACUACAGAGCGAGAGGGGAUGCCAGGGGACAGAGAUAGCUGCGGGCCGGUCUUUCAAGUCAGGCCCAGCAUGCCUUCCACCCCUAUAGCCCGGGCCCCACGGACAGAGGGGCCUGUUAUCCGCAUUGAUUUGCCACGCAAGAAGUACCCCGCCUGGGACGCCCAUUUCAUAGACAGGCGUCUACGUAAGACCAUCCUAGCUCUUGAGUACACCUCUCCGGCCACACCACGCCUACAGUAUCGCAGUAUGGGGGCAUCGCAGGAGCUGUUGGAAUAUGAGACCACUGUGUGAGCUGGCCAGGAGGGACCCUUCCAGGGCACUUGGGCUGAAAUGGGGUCCAAGCAGCCCGAGUGAGCAGGCCUUGGGGCCGUCCCGGUCCUUUUUGGGUGGGAUGGCGGGAGUGGCAGUCCAGCAAGCAUCAGGAUGUCCCAUUCCCACAUCGCAAUAUUCGGUUUAAGUCCUCCUUCACCCGAUACAGACUGCUGGUGGUUCUCCCCUGCAAAGGUGGUUAACUGGUGCUAUUUGCUUUUCUCUCAGCUCACCGUUUGAGCUAUGCAUUGGGUGGGUUGCGACACACACCCCUCCACACCCUCCUUGUGGGCCGGCCCCUUGUUUCUCCUCCUCCCAAGUUCCAGGAGGGACCCUAAUUCCCAGCCAAGCCGCUCUCAAAAUACCUCACUGUGACUUGAGCCAAGGCCACUAAGGGCUUCUGUUAUCUCCGGUGCCCAGGAAGCGGUGGGCUGGGAGCGGGUGGGCGACACGAGCACAGGGGGGCCAUCUCCGUGAUGAGUGGUGUGUCAGGGGUGAUGAGAACCGCAGACGCCCAAGGGAGUCCUAGAAGGGGGUGGGAAGACGGUUGUAAAG